UCAAGGCAAUGUUCAAAGUAUGCAUGUUAAUCAAAACAUUCAGCAUCAUUUACCAUCUCAUCAUUUACCAUCCCCCAUUGGUGUGAAUGCGGCUUUGAAUGGUGUGAACGUACAAGCAGCUCCUCAGGGAUAUAAUACACCCCUGGUUGGCAUACAUAAUGCGAAUGUGCAAUCUUUAAGCCAGCUACAACAUCCCAUUACUUUAGGCAUACAAGGAGUACAACCCCUUGAUCAGGGUAUCCACUCCCCCAUUGCAGCCACGCAGGGCGCUCAUGCACACUCAUUAAACCAUGCACAAUCAAUAAGCCAGGCAUGCCAUAACCCUAUUGUAGACCAGCAGGGUGUGAAUGCUCAGACAUCUGCGAAUGGACAGUCAGUGAGUCAGGGAUUUCAUACACCACUUCAUAUAGCUCAUCCACCCCUUGCUACUGAUAAUCCAGACACAUCCAUUGGGCAAAGUGCUCGCCAAAUUCUUUCUCUUUUGCAGGGGGCAAUUGGAUCACAAAGUGCAGCAAAAACUCGGACCAACACUGCCACAGUCAUGAGUGGGGCGGAUGCAGGAGUACCAGGCAGCAUUACAGCAGGAGCAGCAGCCACCACUUCCACUGCACAGCAAGGGUCUUCAGGACUCGCCCUCCAAAACCAGCCAGCAGGCCAGCCCGUUUCCAGCAUGGGUCAGGGACCUCCUGCCAUUAGUCACGCUCGUCCUUCCUGGAUAGCCUUACUGCCGUUGGUCCGCUCCUCCUUAGCACCAUCCACUUGGCACGCCUAUGCCCGCAUGUGGUCUGAAUGGGACAAUUUCUGUGCGUCCAGGGGAGCCGACGCUGCUCAGGGGUCUAGGGACAACUUACAUGAUUGGCUGGCACUACCCCCGGGGUGAAGCGAAUCUGGAUUGUGGGCCACUCCUUUGUCCACUGGGCCUCCCUACGCUGUGCGUCCCUCCCAUUUGGCCAAUCCCUAGGUCUCCCUUCCAACAAGGCAUCCGUUAGGUGGUUGGGUGCUAGGGGGAUGUGCUGGCCCCAAUUAGCAGGAACCAUAUCUGAGGCCCUGGUACGCUGGGGGAAGCCUCACAUUAUUAUUCUUCACCUAGGGGGUAACGAUGUGGGGGCCAUACCAGUUUUACAGUUGAUUAAGGUUAUGCAGGCAGACAUUGGGUGGCUAAGAGUACGCAUCCCGGGGGUCAUGAUAGGGUGGUCCCAUAUAAUACCCCGUCUCCACUGGAGGCAUAUGUCGGCCCAUACGGCGGCAUACCGGGUUAGGAAGAAGAUCAAUGCGUCUGUAGCGAAAACCGUCACUGGGUCAGGUGGCUUCGUGGUACGGCACGAAGCCAUUUCGGCUGAUAGAACCGAGCUAUAUAGAAGGGAUAAAGUUCACCUUUCUGAUGUGGGGCUGGAUUUAUUCAUAGGGGACAUUCAGAGAGCUCUGUUACCCCUCCUGUAAAUCGGGUUGUGGGUUGGCGGCAA